GAUCUGGAUCCAGAACCGGCGAGGCUGGAGGGGGGAGGCGGCGGUGGCCAGGCUGGGUCGACCUCAGGUAGAGGCCAUGGCGAGCUGUCCAGACUCCGCAGCUCCUCCCUGGAGAUCAAGGAGAAAGAAAUAAGAGAAAAGGGGUCGGAGAUCCUCAGGGAGCAGCUGGAUGCUGCAAAAAAGGAACUGAAACUUAAAGACAAGGAGUGUGAGCGUCUGUCGCAAGUGAGGAAUCAGCUGGAGCAGGAGCUGGAGGAGCUGACUGCCAGUCUGUUUGAGGAAGCUCACAAGAUGGUGCGUGAAGCUAACGUGAAACAAGCAGCAGCAGAGAAACAGCUGAAGGAGGCUCAGGGGAAGAUUGACGUCCUGCAAGCAGAGGUGACGGCGCUCAAAACCCUGGUGCUGACGUCCACGCCGUCCUCGCCGAACCGCCAGCUGCAUCCACAGCUGCAGGCGUCAGGUAGCCGAGGAGCGCACAAACACGUCCGCAAUAAAAGUGCCAGCGGGGGAUUUUCAUCCCUGCCUGGAAAAGCAGAACCUCCAUCAGGAUCCAUGCAGCCUGCAGCCAGAGAGGACCGAGAGAUGGACUCGGUUCUGUUUGCAGAGUUCCUGAUGUGGAAGGAAGCUCCGAGUCUGGACCGCUCCUCCGCCUUCCUGAGCCGGAUCUACCGAGAAGACGUGGGACCCUGCCUGUCCUUCACCAGAUCGGAGCUGUCUCAGCUGGUUCAGAGCGCCGUGGAAAACAACUCUCUGACUAUCGAGCCGGUGGCCAUGUCAGCACUGCCCAUGGUGAAAGCCUCGGCCAUGGAGUGUGGAGGCCCUAAGAAAUGUGCGCUCAGCGGCAUGUCGCGGCUCUGCCGGCAUCGCAUCAAACUCGGAGACAAGGGGAACUACUACUACAUCUCUCCAUCCAGCCGAGCUCGGAUCACAGCUGUGUGUAAUUUCUUCACCUACAUCCGGUACAUCCAGCAGGGCCUGGUGAGGCAUGAUGCGGAGCAGAUGUUUUGGGAGAUAAUGCGUCUUCGCAGAGAGAUGAAUCUGUCCAAAUUAGGCUUUUACCUCACCGAGCAGGGCUAGAGGACCCGAGAGCCCCCCCACCCCACCCCACAGCGUGAACCGUGGACUCUUAAUACUGUGGUAACACACUCAUCUUUGAUCAGGUCGUGCAGCAUUAACGCUGCGGCAGCGGUCGACCAACAAGGGACGCAAGCCACGCUUGAAAUAGCAAAAAAAACAAACAAACAAAAAAAAAAAACUAAAACACUUAGGAUGAAACCACGAUAGCAUGACAUUGAUGGGGGUUUCAUU